AUGAUAUACAAAUCCUAUCAUUUUCAACUUUCUCACACAUUUUUGUUAACACUAUUCACGGUGAUCACUCGAACUUUUGCAGCCCCAUACCCAACAUUUCAAUCGAUUAUUCAAGAAAACCAUCAAUUAAAUGAAAGAACUUUAUGUCAUCCUGAUUUCUUCUACAAUGACGAAUGUCAAACGUGUCCAUUCUCACAUUUUCAACAGUUCGGUAAUUGUAUGGGAUUCAAUCCAGUUUGUCCUUUGUUGGUUACAAAACCCGUUAUCGUUAUUGUGGAUGACCAACCCCAACCAGAAAAAUGUGAAGAAGAAAGCGAACAACCUCCAAAGCAACAUGAAGAAAGUAAACAACCUCCGGAACCAUGUGAAGAAGAAAGCGACCAACCUCCAAAACAACAUGAAAUAAGUAAACAACCUCCGGAGCCAUGUGAAGAAGAAAACGAACAACCUCCAAAACAACAUGAAGAAAGUGAACAACCUCCAGAGCCAUGUGAAGAAGAAAGCGAACAACCUCCGGAGCCAUGUGAAGAAGAAAACGAACAACCUCCGGAGCCAUGUGAAGAAGAAAGCGAACAACCUCCGGAGCCAUGUGAAGAAGAAAGCGGACAACCUCCGGAGCCAUGUGAGGAAGAAAGUGAACAACCUCCGGAACCAUGUGAAGAAGAAAGCGAACAACCUCCGGAGCCAUGUGAAGAAGAAAGUGAACAACCUCCGGAACCAUGUGAAGAAGAAAGUGAACAACCUCCGGAGCCAUGCGAAGAAGAAAGCGAACAACCUCCAAAAAAACAUGAAGAAAGCGAAGAAAGUGAACAACCUCCGGAGCCAUGUGAAGAAAGCGAACAAGAAAGUGAACAACCUCCGGAACCAUGUGAAGAAGAGAACGAGCAACCUCCAGAACCAUGUGAAGAAGAGAGCGAGCAACCUCCGGAACCAUAUGAAGAAGAGAGCGAACAACCUCCAGAACCAUAUGAAGAAGAGAGCGAACAACCUCCGGAACCAUAUGAAGAAGAGAGCGAACAACCUCCGAAACCAUAUGAAGAAGAGAGCGAACAUCCUCCGGAACCAUAUGAAGAAGAGAGCGAACAACCUCCGAAACCAUAUGAAAAAAGUGAACAGCCUCCGGAACCAUAUGAAGAAGAGAGCGAAGAACCUCCGGAACCAUGUGAAGAAGAAAGCGAACAACCUCCGGAACCAUAUGAAAAAGAGAGCGAACAACCACCGGAACCAUAUGAAGAAGGCGAACAUCCUCCGGAACCAUAUGAAGAAGAGAGUGAACAUCCUCCGGAACCGUGUGAAGAAGAAAGCGAACAACCUCCGGAACCAUGUGAAGAAGAAAAUGAACAACCUCCGGAACCAUGUGAAGAAAAUAAACAAUCUCCGGAAAAGUUCGAUGAAAAUUUUGAAGCUGAGCAACCUCAGGAAGGUAAGAAAAUUAAACAAUUUCUAAUCUUAACCCCUGCUGAAGUACCGAUACAAACUCUAAAGGAAAUACCAACAUCAGCUCCGAUUGAAACGUUGCCAUCAACGACUUUUCCUGUUCUUACUGAAACUCUAACCGAAAUACAGAUAGAAACACCAACUCUAAGCGAAGCGCCACCGUCAACAACUUGUCCUUUUCCAACCGAAACACAAACAUCGAGCGAAACGCCGCAGCCAACAAUUUAUUCUAUUGAAACACAAAUCCCGAGCGAAUCGUUACCAUCAACGUCACCUACUGAAACUCCUACUGAAAUUCCUACUGAAAUUCCUACUGAAAUUCAAACUGAAGUGCAACCGACACAAAGCCAGAGCGAAGCACCACCAACAUCAUGUCCUGAUUGCGAAGAAAUCGUUUCUUAUACUGAUUCCGGUGAUGAAGUACACAGCUGGGUUAAGUACAUAUGGCAAUAG